AUGGCCGCCGCCCCAAUGGACCGGCUCAGCGCCUUGCCCGACGAAAUCCUCUCUCAGAUUCUCUUUCAUCUACCGAUCAAAGACUCCGUCUCGACCAGCACCCUCGCCACAAGAUGGCGCCAUUUAUGGGCCUACGCCCCUAACCUCGAAUUCGAGGAUACAUCCAGUAAAAAUUUUAAACGGGUUAUGUCCCAGCGCGCAGCCCAUAACAGCGCCGUCACGCUCCGCCUGUUUGUGACGUCUCGGGCACUUACCAGGAAAUCCGAGAGUGUCAACACGGCCAUUGCGAGCAACCUCAAAUCCCUCGAUCUCUCCUUCGGCUAUGACGGCACAGUGAUUCCUCUUUCCGUGUUCACAUCCAAGACUCUGGUCAAUUUGAGGCUCGUACGCUGCAGAACUGAAAUUAGAAAGAAUGGGGCCACGAGUCUCCCCGCCCUCAAGAGGCUUCAUCUCGAGCGCGUGACUCUCGACGACUCCCUUGAAUACGUGCUCUCCGGAUGUCCCGUGCUGGAGGAGUUGACGAUCAAACAAAAUGCGCCUCUUCUUGAAAACGUGCCGGUGGAGUUGACGAUCAAACAAAACCGCUCUGUGUUUGCCUUCCCUCAAGAGGCUCCAUCUCGAGCGCGUGGAGCUCGGUGA